UGUGAACCUGGAAGCAUUUCUGUUUACUCUGAAAUGAAGGUUUGGAAUCACUUUUGUUGUAUCUUUCACUGGUCAUAAUUAUUCAUGGCUAUUAUUCACGUCAAAGUGGUUCAAAAAUUAGGAUUUAAUUUGUAAUGUUGCACAUACAUCCCUCAUAUGGAGUGGAAGACGUAGCGAUGCUUGAAUAAGUCGCAUAAAUACCAACAUUUUAGGCUGAUUUAAAGAACUGAGAAUUUAAACAGACAAAAAUCUGUUAAUUCGCUGUAAAUAAAAACAUUUCACUGACUAAACAGGUUACAUGAAACUCUAAGGUAGAGAAGACAAUUUCUACCUGAUUUUUAUUAAUUUAACUGUAAAUUUUUGGUGACUUUAAUCAUGAGAUGUCGCAGUUUCUCCUACCGUUGUUUUGACGCUUUCCUCUGUGAAGUUUGUCCCUCUGUAGAGGCCGUAGUUGUAAACAAACAUGGCGGCGGACAGCGAGGAGGACUUUGUGAGUUUCGGGACUCCGCUGGAGCCUCUGGAAGAAGACGAGCCCCUGAAGAAGCCGGUGCCGCUGCACGAGCAGACGGUGAAGGAUGAGAAGGGGCGGUACCAGCGGUUCCACGGGGCGUUCACUGGAGGCUUCUCAGCCGGAUACUUCAACACGGUCGGAUCCAAGGAAGGCUGGACCCCAUCAACCUUUGUGUCGUCACGGCAACAGAAAGCUGAAAAGCACCAUGCCAGACCUGAGGACUUCAUGGAUGAGGAGGACUUCGGCGAGCACGGCAUCGCCCCCAGAGAGAUCACCACCAGCCAGGAGUUCUCGUCCAGCCGCAGAGACCCGGCUGCAGAGAAGGCGAGGGCCGUGGGCGCCCAGGCGGCGCUGAUCCCUGGGGACUCGCUGCUGGAAGAGCUCAUCGCUCCGGCCAGGUCGUCCGUCGGCGUGGAGCUGCUGACUAGGAUGGGCUGGAAGGAGGGCCAGGGCAUCGGGCCGCGCCUGAAGAGGAAACCCCGGCGCCAGCUGCCAGUGACAGCCGGAGUUUGUAAAACCUACAGUUGUGCGCUGCCCCCUGCUGGUUCGGAGGAGUCAGAGGAGGACGACGAGGAGUUUGCUCCAGAGGAUGUGACCUUUGCCCCUAAGGAUGUGACUCCGGUGGACUUCAGCCCGCGGCUGGGGGUACAAGGCCUGGGGUACCGCGGUCUGGACCCGUGCCUGGCGCUGCCAGGCCAGGACGCGGACCGGCACGUCCACCUGUUCCGGCCCCAGUCCGAGACCCGGAGCCGGCUGUUUGGAGAACCCGGCGGGUCCAAGAGGGGAGGGGUCGCCGGGCAGGCGUUCGGUGUGGGAGCGCUGGAGGACGAGGACGAAGACGUCUAUCACAGAGACUCCAUGUCCAGAUACGACACGGUGCUGAAAGACGAGGAGCCUGGAGACGGUCUGUACGGCUGGACGGCUCCGCAGCAAUACACCCGGAGGGCAGACAGAUCUAGAGACGCGGCGUACCUGGGGAAGAUCCUGGACGGGUUCACUCUGGCCCAGAAGCCUCUGGAGCAGAAAACGGUCUUCCCUCCACCAAACCUCCCCAGAGACUACCGUCCCGUCCAUUUCUUCCGUCCUCCAGUGAACGUGUCCAGGCUGUGUGGGGUCAGCCCGGCGCUGGCCGAGGCCCUCAGGAGCUCCAGGGGCCACAUGGUGAAGGAGGAGGCGCAGCAGGGCGGCCGCCACCAGCUAGACUCUGGCCAGAGGGGGGCGCUGCUGGGAGAGGACGCCCUGCAAGGUUCUGGUUCUGGUUCUGAACCUGGUUCUGUCAUGGACCUGCUGCGACCCGAGGACCGCCAGCGCCUGCUCAACCUCCGGACCGCCACCGCCCAGAGGCCCUCCCAGGCUCCGCCCCCCGGGCCGGCUCCGCCCCUCUCCGGCCUCCAGCAGGAGGCGCUGGCGGCCUGGAGAGGCUCCUCCUCUUCCUCCUCCUCUUCCUCGCAGAGCUUCAAGCCGUUUGAGAACACGCCGGGGAAGCAGGUGCGCUAUGAGCGCUACCUGAGCCGUCUGCAGCAGGGCGACGCAGGCGCCCUGGAGCAAAGUCUGGACCCGGCCAUGACGGAGUGGGAGCGCGGCCGCGAGCGUGAGGAGUUCCUCAGGGCCUCCAUCUUGUACCGGCUCUCCUCCUCGCUGUCGACCCGCUUCACUCGCGCCCAGCAGCCAGACGCCGAGGACGCCGGCCGCGACCAGCAGGGCGACAGCCAGCAGGCGGCUAGCGGGACGUUUGGGAAGCUGACCAGAGAGACUCUGGAGUGGCAUCCGGAUCGGCUGCUGUGCAAGAGGUUCAACGUCCCAGACCCGUAUCCCGGGUCGGCGCUGGUAGGGCUGCCAAAGGUCAAAAGGGACAAGUUCUCCGUGUUUGACUUCCUGACGGUCUCAGAGCACCAGGAGGCGACAGCUCCCCCAAAGCCUCUGGAGGAGAAGAAGUCCAGGUGGGACGUUUCCAAGGAGACGGGCCGCACCCAGAACCAGGCCGGGUCCAAACCCACCGGGCCAGCGCCGGACCACUGCCCAUCUCCUCCUCAGGGGGCGCCAGCAGAGCCGCACACAGCCAAGGAGGAAGAGGAGGAGGAGGAGGAAGAGCGGCCUUCCAUGGAUCUGUUCAGAGCCAUCUUCAUCACCUCCUCCGAGGAGCAGUCCUCCUCUUCAUCAGAG